ACCAUGUCUUUUUCUGCUGACUGACUGGAAGAACACGCGUUGACCCUUAACCUGCCCUAUAUUCAGUUUGCUUUCGAUCCAGUAAUCAUUUGUUACUGCCUGGCACACUCCUUGGACUCAAUUUGAAUUUGGUAACAUUCAGGCAAAACCGAUUUUGCACCAUGGCGUCUCCACAGAGAAUCCAGACCCCGAUCACCGACUUGUUCGGCAUCAAUCAUCCUGUAAUGCUCGCGGGAAUGAAUGCUGUCGCAGGCCCCAAACUUGUCGCAGCAGUAACAAACGCCGGUGGCCUUGGCGUCAUGGGAGGCAUGGCAUAUAGCCCAGCCAUGCUUCGGGAGCACAUUGCUGAGCUCAAGAGAUACCUCAUCCACAAAGAUGCGCCUUUCGGAAUCGAUCUACUGCUCCCUCAGGUUGGCGGCAGCGCCCGAAAGACAAAUUAUGACUACACAAAAGGCAAGCUUGACGAGCUUGUGGAUGUAAUCAUCGAGUCUGGCGCCAAGCUCUUUGUCUCAGCUGUGGGCGUACCCCCGAAGGCGAUUGUCGAAAGACUCCACGCGCAUGGAGUGGUUUAUAUGAACAUGGUUGGCCACGUCAAGCACGUCCGCAAAUGUCUCGACCUUGGCGUUGAUAUCAUCUGUGCCCAGGGCGGAGAAGGAGGGGGACAUACGGGCGACAUCCCAACCACCGUCCUCAUCCCUGCCGUCGUUGAUAUCUGCAAAAACUACAAAUCUCCACUCACGGGUCAGACUGUGCAGGUUGUAGCAGCCGGGGGCAUACAUAAUGGCCAAUUACUUGCUGCGGCCUUGAUGAUGGGAGCAAGCGCAGUAUGGGUUGGCACACGCUUCGUGCUUACGGAUGAGGCGGGUGCACUUGAAGCACAUAAGAAAGCUCUCCGGACAGCCGGACAUGAUGACAACGUUCGCACCAUAAUCUACACUGGGCGUCCUAUGCGUGUACGGAAGAACGGGUACAUUCAAAACUGGGAGACAACUCGGCAAGAGGAGAUGAAAGGGCUGCUUGCAAAGGGUAUUAUCCCUUGGGAGUAUGACCUGGACAGAGAAGAGAAUGAUUCAAUUGAUGACUGGGAGGGCCUCUUGAAGUAUCGAAGAUAUCUUAUGGGCAAUUGUGCUGCUCUGGUUAAUGAGCAAAAGCCAGCUAAGGAGGUCGUGGAUGAAUUUGUCAACGAUGCGGUCACCUGGAUAGAGAAAGGGAACCGGUUGAUUACCAAAUUAUAGUUGAAACAGUUUUAACUUUUGUGUACAGAUGGUGUAUGUAACGUACUCUGUUCAAGCUCAUUAUUCAUGG